AUGGCGCAAUACAAGGGCACCAUGAGGGAGGCCGGUCGGGCCAUGCACCUGAUCAAGAAGCGAGAGAAGCAGAAGGAGCAGAUGGAGGUGCUGAAGCAGCGCAUCGCCGAGGAGACCAUCAUGAAGUCAAAGGUGGACAAGAAGUUCUCAGCACAUUACGAUGCCGUGGAGGCUGAGCUCAGGUCCAGCACGGUGGGUCUGGUGACCCUGAACGACAUGAAGGCCAAGCAGGAGGCCCUGCUGCGGGAGCGCGAGAUGCAACUGGCCAAGAGGGAGCAGCUGGAGCAGCACCGCCUGCAGCUGGAGAUGCUGCGUGAGAAGGAGCGCAGGCGAGAGCGCAAGCGCAAGAUCUUGAACCUGUCCUUCACGCUGGACGAGGACGAAGAUGGCGAGGACGAAGAUGGCGACAGGGAGGACAACCGCCAGGGAGAGGGCGCUGCUGCGGCCGAGACCUGCCAGGGCAAGAGGAACCUGGGCAAGAACCCGGACGUGGACACGAGCUUCCUGCCGGACCGCGAGCGUGAGGAAGAGGAGAACCGGCUGCGCGAGGAGCUGCGGCAGGAGUGGGAGACGAAGCGCGAGAAGGUGAAGAGCGAAGAGGUGGAGAUCACCUUCAGCUACUGGGACGGCUCCGGCCACCGGCGCACGGUGCGCAUGCGCAAGGGCAGCACCGUGCAGCAGUUCCUGAAGACGGCCCUGCAGGGGCUGCGCAGGGACUUCCCGGAGCUGCGGGCGGCGGGCGUGGAGCAGCUCAUGUACGUCAAGGAGGACCUCAUCCUGCCACACUACCACACCUUCUACGACUUCAUCGUGGCCAAGGCGCGGGGCAAGAGCGGGCCGCUCUUCAGCUUCGACGUGCACGACGACGUGCGGCUGCUGAGCGACGCCACCAUGGAGAAGGACGAGUCGCACGCGGGCAAGGUGGUGCUUCGCAGCUGGUACGAGAAGAACAAGCACAUCUUCCCCGCCAGCCGCUGGGAGCCCUACGACCCCGAGAAGAAGUGGGACAAGUACACCAUCCGGUGAUGCCCUGGAACCGAAAGCGGACGGUGCCCCCGCCCCAGCACCCCGCAGCGUCUCUCCUUGAACUUUAAUAAAGACAGGCGGUUGCUGUUUCCAGAUGUGGUGGUUCUGUUGCUUACAUUGCUCCCCUGACCCUUCAUGUUUCGGUGUGGGUUUCCAUUGUGCUCUGUGUGGUAACAUAAAGGACACAUUUUGGGCUAAGUGGUUGUGAACAUGGACUGUGAGGUGGGCAUGUUGAUUGGAUUUGAUUUCCCUGCUUUGUGGUGGUGUUUUGAGAAAA